AUGGCAGAAGGUGAAUAUCCAAAAGCUGAAAGUGCAAGAUCGUUUCUACCAAAAGAAAAUAAAGAAUUUGUUAAGCUCUUUAAUGAACAGAAAUUCAGACCUAGAACUGCUAUUUUAAAAGUUUGGUUUGAAUAUCCCAAAAACAUGUUCUUCCAACACAUACCAGCUAAAGAUAAAAUCACUUUUAUGAACAAAGAAGAUGUUUUAACAUCGGUGGAUAUUCAAGAAAUAGUGAAAGCCGGUGGACGAAUUAUUAAAAUAUUAGAUGGUAUAGUUUACGAAGAAAAUUUUAAAACUCCACCCUAUAGAGACUAA